CUCAUGCGUCGGCUCUAUACGCUACAACUGCGCGCGCCGUGCCAUGCUCUGCGCAUGUGACUCCAAAACGGUGCCAAUAAGGAGGACAUUCUGAGCAGAGCCAGUUCCCCCUGCAAGCAUCCUCACAACGCUGGAUGUUUUCUUUUGUCCAACCCUGCAGACACCGUUGCAGGAAGCAGCUGAGACAAACGUGGACAAACGUCCCAGCACCGACUUCCGCCGCAACACACAGACACUCCAGCUUCUUACCCCCUGUUCCAAGAGAGCCCGCAGUGUGAUGAUCAUCGUUCGGGGAGCAGCCCUUCAGCAGCAGCAGCAGCAGGAGGAGGAGGAGGAGGAUCGUUUGUCCUUCCCAGGUUUCUCCGUAGCAGCACCUAACCCGCGGAUCCACCGCACCUUUGGGCGUCACACGGAUUUAGUUAAAUCGGGUGCAGCUGAUCUCACGCCACGCGCUAUUGGUGGCUCUGACCUGUCGCUGUCAAACCUCCAUGUUAAUCCAAUCAAGUGUUUAAAGGCGAGAAGCUAAGAAUAGCGUCGAUUCACUGUAAACCCCCCCCAUAAAAAAAAAAAAAAAAAGAAGAAGAAGAAGAAGGGAGCGAGAGAAAAAGUUUCACGUCUUCAGAUUGUUGUGCAAAUGACCGGGGCACCAUGUUCACUUCAUGUCGUUGAUGGAUCACCUGCCGGGAGCGAGCGUUCACUGCGAGGACAUCACAGCAGCACUGCGAUGAUCACAGAGAUUACUUUGGAUCCGUGCUGGGAGCCCUGAACAGAACCGGACCCAUAACACGGGUUACAUAUGCUGCCAGGUGUGUGUGUGGAAUGUGGGCAGAAUGAGCAGCACCUUUGUCACAUUAGCUGAAGUCCUGGAGGCUCGAGGGGGACCUCUUCUGGAGGAAGAGGUCUGGUCCCUGCUGUUGGGAGCUGCAGAGUGUUUAAUGGAUGUCUCUUAUAAGGGUCACAACAAUAUGUGCAAUAUCAUAAGCCCCACCUCCUUGCUGCUGUCAGCCACUGGUACCUUAGCAUUUAAGAACUGUGGCCUAUCAGAUGAGGUAUCUGCCUUUGCUGCUCCAGAGAUGCUGCAGGACCGUGCCGGCUCAACAAAACCUGCCACAGAUAAGAUGCUGGUGUAUUCACUGGGGAUGACCCUCUACUGGGCAGUUGAUUUUCACUUACCUCCAAAUCAGCCAGUCCAGUUGAGUGACCAUCUGAACAGCCUCCUCCUCAGCAUGUGUGAGGAUUUGGCCCACCGCAGGCUAAAUCUCAUCUCCAUCCUGGAAGCCUGUGAAUCCCAGCACAAAGCCUCCAUCCUGACACCCCCCGCCAAAGUCAUUAAACAACUUGUGGAGGAGGUUUUUCAUGAAUCAAUGGACCAUAGUCCUCUGCCGGACAGCAACAUCCCUCUGAGUGGCAGGAGCCAGAUGAUCAGGGAAAGACUUCAUAGAAAAAGAGGACCAUUGUCAGACUUCAGUGAAGGGAGUGCUGAGGGGAGACGGUACUCAACGGACUCUGAUUCAAAAUCAGGGAGUUUACCUCAAAGACCUUGGAGACAAAGACCACGAAGCUCCCCCACACUGCUGUACCAAUCUUCAUUAGAGAGACUCCCUCGCAGGAUGCAUCGCAGGGACAGCAACUGCAGCUGGCUUGGUAGGAGCCCCCACCAUGACUUAUCUCCCAAGACAUCAGGCAGAUCUCACAGUCCGUCCAUCACCUUUAGCGAGUCCUCGCUCAGCCUGAGCCAGAGAAAAGCUAAGUUGUUGGGUCCUGAGUUCAUCAGAAUACCAGAUGAGCAGCAAAUUCUACUUGAGCUUCCUGGAUCUAUUGUGUCCAGAAAGGGCCAUUCCAGUUUGUCUCAGAGAGAAGUGACUGUAGUGAUGGCUAACGGACAGUACGUGGUUGUUCGCUGUGACAUUAAAUCCAGGGCAAGAGAUGUGUUUGACAUGGUGGUGGCUCACGCAAACUUGGUGGAGCACUUUUACUUUGGUCUUUCCUUCUUAGAUGAUGAUGAAUACUUUUUUUUGGAUCACGAAACCAAAAUCUCCAAAGUUGCUCCGGACAGUUGGAAAAAAGGGCAGAUAUCCUCUUUUUUGGUGUAUCUUCGGGUCAAAUUUUUUGUUGAUGAUAUCACUUUUGUUCUACACAGACUGACUCGACACCAGUAUUACUUACAGCUUCGUAAGGACAUCAUCGAAGACAGGCUUUACUGUAAUGAGGAAACAGGAUUGUUCUUGGCUGCUCUUGCUCUGCAGGCUGAGUUUGGUGAUUACAUGCCAGAGUUGUACGGUAAGGACUAUUAUCAGCCGGAACAUUAUGUGUCAAAGAGGAUGCUGGAGAAACUUGCCCUUCCCAAUAUCAGGGAGGAGUUGCCAAGACUGCAUGCAAGCCAUGCACAUUUACUGCCAGAAGAGGCAGAAACUGAGUUCCUAAAGAUUGUCCAGCAGUUACCAGAGUACGGGGUGAUGUUUUACCGUGUGGGAAGAGAGAAAAGACCGCUGAUUGGAGAAUUAGUGUUGGGAGUCUGUGCCAAAGGGAUCAUCGUAUACGAGACAAAGAACCACCUGCGAACUGUCACCAGGCGCUUCCUAUGGAGGGAAACAGAUUCCAUAUCCACUGGGCGACGUAAACUGAUUAUAGAGUGUGGUGGGCCUAGCGGGAGAAAGCACAGCUUUGUGACCGAAAGCUCAAAAAUAGCACAGUACCUCCUGAACCUCUGCUCAGCUCAGCACAAGUUUCACAGCGAGAUGACGUCACGACAGCUCAACCACACCAUGAUACCCGAUGAAAGCAUCUCUGCCUACAGGGCUCGUAGCAUGAGCCUAAAGCGUAUUUCUUGCUCAGAGGGCAUGUUGAACCAUGUAGGUUUGACACCUGGUCAACCCGACUCCCUCUCCAAGUCUUGUGAUGACCUUACUGCCAAGCUGGAAGCUCGACUUCGCCAGCAGAGAGAGAUGAGGAGGGAGAUGAGCAGAGAGAUGAACAAGGAGUUGCCUGAAACAAGAGACCUCAGGGAUGUGAAGGAGCGACAGUGUUGGAGCACUCCUGAGACUAUUCCCAGAAGGAUGUCCAGUGUCUCCUCACUACAGAAACAGGACUCUGAUGCCUCAUCAUCCUUAAAAGUUGAUACACCAACACGGACUCCACCAGAGAGAGAAAUAGUUUGUGUAACAUUAAAGAAAGAUUCCAAACUGGGUUUUGGGUUUGUGAUAGUGGGAGAAGACAAUACAGGAAAACUCGACCUUGGGAUCUUCAUUGCAUCCAUUGUGCCUGAUGGACCUGCAGAUAAAGAUGGAAGAAUCAAACCAGGUGGACGUCUCAUCUCUCUGAACAAAACUAGUCUGGAAGGAGUGACAUUCAGUGAUGCUGCUGCCAUCUUACAGAACAGCCCUGAAGAGGUGGAGCUCAUUGUGUCCCAGCCUAAACAUUUGCUGAAGGAAGGACAGAGUUCUUUAAGCCAAAGUACUCUUGGUUUGUCACUGGAGCGGAGCUUUGGAUCACAGACCACCCUGAGUGGCACGGAGUUCCGCCCCCUCAUAGAGGAGCUGGAGGAGGCCAUCACACUGUCCAGCAUGGCAACCCCAAAGCAGAACAGGAAGCUUCACAUUCCUGUGGUGAGAAUACACGAUGCUCAGGAUGUCUGUCCAAAGUCUCCAUCCAUAUUCAGCCUUAAAACAGGGGAUCGUUUUAGUAUGGAGUUAAAGAAAAGCCGUGGUAGCCUUGGAAUGAGUGUUGCUGGUGGGACAAACACUAGUGUGCAGAAUGGAGGCGUUUACAUCAAGAGUCUGGUGCCUGGAGGUGCUGCUGAACAAGACGGGCGCAUUCAGAUUGGUGACAGACUGCUGGAGGUUGAUGGCUCCAACCUGAGGGGAGUGACUCACCAGCAUGCUGUAGAGUGCCUGAAGAGGACUGGGGAGGUGGUCAACCUGCUGCUGGAAAGGGAGCCCAUAGUAGUCCUAGAGCCCAGACCUGACUCACCCCGCCCCCCCUUGAUCCACAGUUCAUCGUACACACAGCACCCCAGGCCGGAAGUCUCCAUGGAAACGACCUUGAGUGCUCGAGCCAAGGACUACAGCUUUGUAACAAAUGAAAACAUCCAUGAAGUGGUUCUGAAGAAGAGUUUGUCAGGUCUUGGCUUCAGCUUCUACAUCUCACAGCUGUGCUCAGGGGCUGACCGAAGCAGUGUGGUUCGCAUCAAACGCCUGUUCCCCGGUCAGCCGGCUCAAGAAAGUGGCCUGCUGCGAGAGGGGGACGUCAUUUUGUCUGUCAACAAAGAGCCAGUGAAAGAUCUGUCCUACCAGAGGGUUUUGUUUCUGCUACGUGGGAUCCCAUCUGAAGUUCAUCUGUUGAUCUGCCGACCUGCUCCUGGAGUACUUUGUGAUAUAGAUGAUAACACAUUGAGUCCUGUACCUUUGCGUGAGAUUCGAUCCAGAUCUCUAGACCUACGACUUGGAGAGGACUACAGCCAACUUUUUAAGUCACCAAAUGAUGUCAGCGUGCAUGCACUGAUGGUGCCCCCCAGCAAAGAGGAGAAUCUGACCAACAAAACAAAGAAAAAAAUGGAACCUAUAGCUUCGCAACCCCGAGAGAGUCAAAGGAGCCCAGAGAGUGAAGUGCAGACCUGUGAGAGUCUUCCAUCUCCUCUUCGCACACCCCCCUCACCAACGUCACCUACGUCUCCUCCGUCACCAGUCUCGCCAGCCUCACCUGCGUCGCCAUUAUCACCCACUUCACCCGUGUCUGCUUCUCCACCAGCUUCAAGAGAACUCCAACCAAAUACUGAAAAACCAGAGAAACAAAAGGAAGGAGAAGCUCAGAGGAAGGAAAAGGAAGGAGAAGAGGAGGCUGCAGCAACAAUGAGCUCAGCUGUGAUGCUUAUGGAUGUUUACCCAAAAACUGCCUCUAAACCUGUAUAUACCAGUGGUAUUAGAGAGGAGGCAGAUGGGAGUGUGACCUACUGCCUUAUGGGAGAUGGACUGACUAUUGUGGCAGAUGAAGAGUACCUGACCAUCAGCUCCACUCUGGAACCCCCUCCCAGCACAUCAACAGCCAACCUACAAGCCCAUGACUCUCAAACCUCCAACCUCUUUCAGGCUCCGAACCUCAGCCCUCAUGUCCCCACUACCAACAUCUCGUCCCUCAACUUCUUGUCGAACACCCCAACCACCUGCCCUUCGACCCGCUUGUCUCAGCCACUCACAAAGCAACCCCCGAAAAACAAGCACCACCCGAUCCAGCAGGGGCUUCUCGCAAGUCCCUACAAAGCCAUAUCUAAGAACAUCCAGCCUAGUGUGCCUCCCCAUCAGCCUCCACCAGUGACCCCCAUCACAGCCCAGGUUAUCUCCUCAGUGCCUCCCUGUGCUGGUGCACCUGCUCCAACGCUGCCAACCUCAAUGCUGCCCUCACCUGCCCAGAUGCCCAUGCAGCUGAGAGAAGAACUGGAGAGGAAGUUGCGGGAGUUUGAUGAUGACGAUGACGAUGAUUUGGAUGAGGAGGAGAAAGAGAGUCGGAGAAAGGGUAGGAUUAAAGAGUUUGAGCUUACUGUGGUUCUUAGCAAGUCCAGGAGUGGAAGCUUUGGGUUCACCAUCACACGAAGCAAACUGGACAAUUGCUACUACAUACAGGACAUUCUGGACAACCCAGCCAGGGCAGAUGGACGACUUCGUGCUGGAGACAGGCUCAUCACCGUAAAUGGUCAUGAUGUUACCAGCGUGGCAGAUGAUGUUGCCAUGACGAUUCUCAGGUCAUCUCCAAGAAGACUGAGUAUGACACUCGGCAGAGCAGUUAGUAACCUCGUGGCUCCACCUCCCUGUGACAGUCUACCUGAUGUUGUUCUCCACAAGACACCCUCAGGACAACUGGGAAUAAGGCUGACAGGUGGUAUUGGCAGCAAAUGGCAGGGCAUCUAUUGUUUGGACGUGGUGCCAGGGUCCCCGGCCAGCGAGGAGGGCAGCGUUCAACCCAGUGACAAGAUCCUGUACAUCUGUGGCAGGUGCACCCUGGGAAUGACCUUAGAGGAUGCAGUCAAAGCCUGUGAGAUUGCCCCUCGUAAGGUUAAACUAAAAAUUAUCAGAGAAGACCAGCCAGUUACUCCUAAGGCUAAGUGGAAUGGUCUUUUCGACUGGAAAAAAGACAAGAAGUUUUUUGCUCGAUUUGAAGAGUCUGGCUCACCUGAGAGAAAGUCGUCUACUGAAAAUACUGAAGCAGUGUGUAGGACUGCUGAAAGGUUCAGAUGUCGCUCUCUCACCCAAGAACAGGAUAGUUGCAUCAUGCAAGUGGAGUUCAAAAAACCAGAAGGCGGAGGUCUCGGCUUUGCGUUGGUUGGUGGAACUAAUGGCAGCAUGCUCCGGGUGAGGGACAUCUGCUCUGGUGGACUAGCCGAGCAGGAUGGCCGACUGAAAGUGGGGGACAUUCUUUUAGAGGUGAACGGUGUGAUUGUGUCUGGGUUGAGCCAUAGUAAGGUAGUGGAGAUCCUGCGUAAAGCUGAGGGGACAGUCCAGCUCACUAUCUGCAGAGACAUUUUGCCCCUGAAAUAUUCUGAGUCUCCCACUCCCCCGAACAUGUCUGUUUAUACUGAAGCUAUUUUAGCAGAGCAGCCUGCUCACAUGUCCACCCAUGAUGUCUGUUCCACAACUGACGUCAUGCUGAAUAGACCAGUCGAGCAUUCCCCCGAGGCGUCUUCUGAUCCUGCGGUUAACGAAACAGAAGUUAUCCUUACUUCACCACCUCCUCCACCUCACAGAAUGACUGUUGUGAGAGAAAAGACUUCAACAGAAGAGGAGAGUUGUAAUAACACCCCCUCUCAUCAAGCUUGCUGCCCAUCCCUCAAUGUCACAGACAUGUUGCAUGGAGCCACGGACAGGAAACAAAUUGUGACCAAACUUUUGGACCAGUCCUGCAAAGAUGUCCGGAAAACCCAGUCAGAUGGUUGGAGCAGCGAAGAAGAUGAUGAUGUAUUUAAUGCAACAAGUCGGGAAGUGUCCUUUCCCCAAGCAGGCCCCCCUCUAGUAUCAGAAGAGGAGCUGGCCAGUUUAGCGCUCAUUACUCCUGCCAGGACCAGCCAGUAUUCAGGCUUCAGAGUUAAAGCCCUCAUACAGAUUCUGCAACAUCAACUUGACCAACAGGAACUGAUUAAAGAGUUCAUGGCUCUGGAGCAUCUGAAGCCUUCUGACAACUGUUUGGUGGGAAAAGCACCCGAGAACAGAGAUAAGAACCGCUACAGGGACAUCCUACCCUAUGACGGAACACGUGUAGCCAUUGGAGAGAACCAAGAGUACAUCAAUGCAAGUUACAUCCGCAUGCAAGUCGGAGCAGAGGAGCUCUUCUACAUCUCCUGCCAGGGGCCCCUGCCAACUACAGUUCAGGCUUUCUGGCAAAUGAUCUGGGAAAAUAAAUCUGACGUCAUUUCCAUGAUGACCCAAGAAAUGGAACGAGGAAGAAUCAAAUGUCAUAAGUAUUGGCCAGAAAAGCUUGGUGCACCUUUGAACACUGACAGGUACGAGCUUCACCUGGAGAACCAGCAGUUCCUGGAAUACUUUCACAUAAAGGUCAUCCGCAUGGUGGAAACGGAGACUGGUGAGACCCACUUUGUUCAUCACCUGAAAUUCACACACUGGCCUGACCACGGUGUGCCACACAGCUCAGAGCAGCUGGUUCGAUUCAUCCGCUACAUGAGGGUCGUGCACCACAAGGGGCCAAUCACUGUUCACUGCAGCGCUGGCAUCGGACGGACAGGGGUCCUCAUCUGUAACGACAUUAUCCUUAAACUCAUUGAAGAAGACUUGCCUAUUAACGUGAGUGACAUUGUGAAAGAGAUGAGACUUCAGCGGCACGGGAUGAUUCAAACCAAGGAACAGUAUCUCUUCUGCUACAAGGUCUGGCUGGAUGUUUUACAGGGAAUUUUACAGCUUCAAGGCAACCAGUGGCAACCAGACAGUCCCAAAGACCACAAAGUAGUUUGA